AUGGGCUCUUUCGACUACAGCGAUGGCGUCUCUGUCGCCGAAUUAGUCGUCUACAUUCCCGCCUUCUUCAUUUCUGGUUUCCUUGUCUUUCGGCAGGGUUUCAUGACAAACUGUGGAUACCUUUUCCUCACAGCAUUUGCCCUCCUCCGAAUCAUCGGCCAUGUCUGCAACCUUAUCACACUCGAAAAGACCUCCAAGGACCUCACAAUCGCAUACAUGAUCUGCACAGCCAUCGGUAUUACACCUUUAAUGCUUGCCUGUUCAGGACAACUCUCUCGGGCUAACAACGGUAUUCGCGAACGCACCGGAAAGGGUUUCCAUUAUUUCCACUUCUUCGCAUUCCGCAUGCUCAACAUUCUCGCCGUCGCUUUGAGUAUCUACGGUCUCACUAAGAAUAUGACUCUCGAGGCAAUGGAGAACCCACCAGCUAUCUGCAAGGUCUCCAUGGCUAUCUACCUCGUUUCUUGGGUCAUCCUCAUGAUCAUGCUGUACAUCCUCUGGACCCGUCGCGACGGUCUUGAGCCUGGUGAUGGUCGCUGUCUCUUGGCUGUUGCCAUUUGCUCGCCAAUCCUGCUUGUCCGAACCAUCUACGCUGUUCUGAUCUUCUUCCUUAACAACGGCACCUUCAGCCUCGUCAACGCUAACGAGACUGUCGAGGUUCUCAUGAGUGUUAUCGAGGAGGUCGGUAUCACCGUCGUCCUUAUUGCUAUCGGUGUUACCCUCCAAUCUCGCAAGGAUGGUUACACCAAGCCUGAGGAUGAGGCUGGUAUGAUUCCUAAGUACGAGCAGACUGCGUAUGAGCCUGCCGGUACUCAGUACCAGCAGCCUCAGUGGCAACAGCCUACUCAGUACCAGAACCAGAGCCAGAACCAGAACAACCGCUAUGAGCCAACUCGCUAUGAGCAGGCCCAGUUUUAG